AUGAUACAUCCAAAUCAACAGUUUGGUCAACAUCACGAUAGAAGAUUGGUUCUUAGACCUAGACAUCGAUAUCAACAUCCAUUAGCUUUUCAUAUAGAUAUGGAUAUGAGAAAUCUUCGAACGCAUAGAUACGAGAGUAAUCGGACACGUCAUUUUAAUAAUGACAAAUAUAUUCAUGAAAUGUUAAAACUACAUAAUUAUUAUCGUGCACGUCACUGCUCACCACCAUUAGCUAUAGAUCAGCGACUAAACCAAAUCGCUCAAUCAUAUGCUGAACAUUUAGCCGCCACAUCAACAUUUGAACAUAGUGGAAAUAGACUUGGAGACAAAGCUCUCGGAGAAAAUCUCUACAUGGAAUGGAUAUCUUAUGGUCGAGUGAAAGCUACUCCAAAAGCAGCUAUGAGUAGUUGGUAUGAUGAAAUAGCAAUGCAUGAUUUUGAACAUCCAAAAUUUUCAUCAGAAACAGGUCAUUUUACGCAACUAGUAUGGAAAUCCUCGAGAAAAUUGGGUGUUGGCAUAGCUUUCUCAGAGGAUAAACGAGAAGUUUAUGUUGUUGCAAAUUAUUUUCCGGGUGGAAAUAUUACUAAUCGAGGAUAUUUUGAAGCAAAUGUUUUACCAGCAAAUUGUUGA